UUUCCAGUCAAUCCCCUGCCGUUCCCAGCCUGCAAAGCGAACGACAUCGACUGCCUGCGCCGCGGCGUCAGGACUUUCUUCUUUCUGAUGGAAUCUGGCCAUAUGGGUAUGCGGCCGAUCGACCCGGCCGUAGUGAACAGUGUGGCCGUGACCUUGCCAGAGCAGCACGUGUCAUUCCUGCUCAGGAGGGUCAACGUUACCGGAGCUAAGUGGACGAAGCUCGCAGAACGACGGUUUCAGUUGCACGGAGGUAAAAGCGGGGCCAUUUUCAACAGCGACCUUCAUGUUGGAGCCGAGAUAAUCAUGAAGAUUGCUGAUAGGGUGGAGCCAUAUACAUCCUACAUCACAAUGGACAUACAAGAGGUAGAAAGCAACAUCACCUACACCUGGGCUGGCACUAACGUGAACAACGAAGACUACAUCCUAAUAGGACCGGAGCGGAUCGCAGUGAGGAAUCGACGCACGCCUACGUAUUUCCUACAGCCAAUUAACAACAACUUCCUGGAUUUGAACAUGAUCGAGGCUGGUCUCCAGGCGAAGACCUCAGUUCUGGACCAUUUCUCCAACGAGAUUGUCACAGCAAUCAUGCAUGCUGUGGUAGAUAACUUCAGGCUUUUUGCAAGGAAGAUACCAGUCAAAUAUUAUUACCAGUACAGUUCUUUCAUUUAGUCAUAACUAGCCAAACAUAGCUUUGUAGAAAGUGUCUAUCAUGCCUUGGGACAUAUUUUGUUUAAGACUUUAAGGAAACAUGGAAGAAAACUAAAAAAAAAUUUUUAAAUGCAAUAGCUCAAAACAUUAAUAACACAUUUAAAAGCUUGUAAAAAAUAAGAUGCUUUGCUUACUUUGAACAAAACUAUGACUAUUGGUUAGUAUUAUUAAUAAAAUUAGCCCUUAAUUUGGCAGAAAUCACGGAAGGUUGUGAGUUCAAACCUCCUCUGCGCUCAAUAUCGUA